AUUUAAGGAAGCCUGUCACCACCUGCAAGUGUCGGACUAUUACAUUCUACAUGCUUGCUUACCGCUGUGUGCGUCUUCUGGAGAUCUCUUGCCUGUUACGGGGGCGCGGAAGGCGAGUACUGCAGCCCGACCGCAGCGGAACCCUCCUCGGCAAGCAGGUCGAGAGAUGGGCGGGUUGCCUGGCUGAGAUGAGACCAAGAAAUAGGAGGGGCCUGAGAGCUCUGUCGUCUGCUUGUCUUCUAUCUUGCGGAUGUUUAGCUUUGUAGCUCGUCAGCGUGCCAUGUCUGCAGCAAAGUGAGCGAGCGAGAUGUUGUCGCGCGGCUCGGACACGGACGGCGAGGAGCAGCAGCAGCAGAAGCCUCUUCUUCACCGCGGACGUAAGGACAACAUCCAGCGGGCUCCAGCAUGCUGCUCGGCGCGCUACGGCCUGGCUCUGCUGUCGUCUUUCGGCUUCUUCGUGGUCUACUCGCUGCGGGUCAACCUGAGCGUGGCCAUGGUGGACAUGCUCAACACCACCCACCGACCGCAACACAACCAUAGUAGCUCCGUGUGUCCCGCCCACGCUAGCCCCGCGCGGCCCAAACAUAACCAGACCGCUAGCGUGUACGACUGGGACUCUGAGACACAAGGCUGGAUCUUGGGCUCCUUCUUCUACGGUUACAUCAUCACCCAGAUUCCCGGAGGCUACCUGGCAGGCCGCUGGGGGCCCAAGUGGCUGAUGGGAUUGGGGAUCCUGGGCACGGCGGUGUUCACGCUGCUCACUCCCGCGGCCGCCGACUUGGGCGCGAGCUACCUCAUCGCCGUCCGGGUCCUGGAAGGUGUCGGAGAGGGCGUGACCUUCCCCGCCAUGUAUAGCAUGUGGGCAGCAUGGGCGCCACCGCUGGAGAGGAGCCGUCUUCUCACCAUCUCCUACAUAGGAGCCCAGAUCGGGACGGUGGUCUCACUCCCGCUGUCGGGGGAAAUAUGCUUCUACCUGGACUGGACCUACGUCUUCUACUUCUUUGGUGCGGUGGGCCUGUUGUGGUUCGUUUUGUGGACCUUCCUGGCCUUUGACAGUCCCAGCAGUCAUCCCUGGAUCUCACAACGGGAGAGAAGCUACAUCCUGAGCUCGCUGAAGAAUGAGCUGUCGCCAGAGAGGGGGCACAUCCCCUGGCGAUCCAUCGUGACGUCCUGUCCGCUGCUGGCCAUUGUGGUGGCUCACUUCUCGUACAACUGGACCUUCUACACUCUGCUCACGCUCCUGCCAACCUACAUGAACGACAUACUGGGCUUCAGCAUACAGCAGAACGGCUUGCUGUCCGCACUUCCUUACCUGGGCUGCGCGACGUUGGCCGUGCUGUGCGGUCAGCUGGCCGACUACCUUCGGGAAAAGCGCCGCUACUCCGCCGUGGCGGUCCGAAAGUCCUUCACCCUCGUGGGGAUGAUCGGACCGGCUGCGUUCCUGGUGGCGGCCGGUUACACGGGUUGCAACUACACCUUGGCCUUGACUUUCCUCACCGUCUCCUCGUCGUUGGGCGGCGCGUCGGCGUCCGGCUUCAACAUCAACCACCUGGACAUCGCUCCCUCAUACGCCGGAAUCCUGCUGGGCAUCACCAACACCUUCGCCACCAUUCCUGGCAUGGUGGGACCAGUCAUCGCACGAAACCUCACUGUCAAUAACACGAUGGAAGAAUGGCAGACCGUGUUCUACAUAGCGGCUGCCAUCAACCUGUUUGGUGCCACCUUCUACACCAUCUUUGGAAGAGGCAACGUGCAGCCUUGGGCCAUUAACGCCAACACGUACUCGCGCGGAGACUGAGACCAAAGCGCCGUCCACGCGAGCCCCUUUCAUUCAGAGUUCUGGAGAUAAUUGUCAAAAGACACAGGUAAAAGAUGGUCUUCUCGGAAGGAGAUGGUCAUACUGGGAUAAUCAUUUCUACUGCUGGGUUACUCGGGGAUCCAAAUGUUUGCUUGAUUCGUUAAACCCUUUCACAACAGUAGACUAGAUUGUUAUUAUUCUGGUAUCAUUUUUCUUUUCAUUUUAAUGAGACAAUGUACCAUUUCCUGCUUAAAAAUGAACCUCAUAUUGUAUUUUGGAGCACACGCCAAGCUGGGACACUCAGGUUUGUUUAAAAAACAUUCAAAGGGAUCAAGUACCUAUUGUUUACUAAUUAUUAGUGUGUUUUUUUUUAGAAGCACACUACUGAUGCAAAAGCUCGAAUUGAAAUAUUAGAACAUUUUGUCUCGAUCAGUCAAGUGAUUUAAAGAAAAAAAAAAAAGCCCGUUUUGCACAUUUUUACAGAUGUCACUUCAUUUUUAGGUCUUGCUUACAAUUGUGCCUUAAUGAAGUUUUGGAAAGUUGCUCACACUGCAGAGUGGAUUUAAUGAAAAAAGAAAAAAGCUAUGUGAGAAUGAAUUUCUUGAUGUAGAAAAUGUAAUAACUGUAAAUCAAGGCUGUGAAAAUGUUGGUAUGUGAUAAAUAUAUAUCCUUUCCAGCA